CAACGGUCCUCGGUCGCUGGGAAGAUGGCGGAGGACGAUGGCGGGUGCCAGGCACCGGGACCGAGGCGGAAGCGGCCGCCGUCGGGGGACCUGCGGAGCGUGCUGAUCACCAGCGUGCUGAACCUGGAGCGGCUGGAUGUCAAUCUCUUCAGGGGCCGACACCACUGGGUACCCGCCACGCAGCGCUUGUUCGGCGGGCAGAUCGUGGGGCAGGCGCUGGUGGCGGCCGCCCACGCCGUGAGACCCGAGAUGCAGGUCCACUCGCUGCACUGCUACUUCGUGCGGGCAGGGGACCCCAAGGUGCCAGUGCUGUACAAGGUGGAUGAGACCCGUACGGGGAAGAGCUUCUCUGUUCGUUCCAUAAAUGCCAUCCAGUACGGGAAGCCAAUCUUCACCUGCCAGGCAUCCUUCCAGCUCUCCCAGGAGAGCCCAGUGCAGCACCAGUUCACCAUGCCUGCUGUGCCACCCCCUGAGGAGCUGCUGACGCAGGAGGAGGUCAUCGAGAAGUUUCUGCAGGACCCUGAUCUGGCAGAGAAGUACAGGAAACACCUGCACAAGAUCCAGGCAGAAGAUGUGCCGAUCGAGAUCAAACCUGUCAACCCGCCAGACAAAUUCCAGCUGAAGGCGCAGAAGCCAAAGCAGCUCCUCUGGGUGCGAGCCCGAGGGCACAUAGGAGAGACUGAUAUGAAGGUGCACUGCUGCGUGGCUGCCUACAUCUCUGACUACGCCUUCCUGGGCACGGCGCUGCUCCCGCACUGGCAGUACCGCACCAGGUUCAUGGUGUCCCUCGACCAUUCCAUGUGGUUCCAUGCACCCUUCCGAUCAGACCACUGGAUGCUGUACGAGUGCGAGAGCCCCUGGGCUGGUGGGUCCCGGGCACUGGUGCAGGGACGGCUGUGGCGCAGAGACGGGGUCCUGGCUGUCACCUGUGUACAGGAAGGAGUCAUCAGGGUGGAGCAAAUGCCAAGCUUGAGCAAGCUCUAGCUAGGAAACCUCCAUGAGCUGUUGGCCUGGGCACACCAAAGGAGGGUCCUGAGCUCCCUGCAGAGGCAUCUGCUGUGACCAGCUGCCAGCUGCACAGGAUGUAACUGCACACGACCAUCAGACACCCUUCUGCCUUAAAUAAAGCCAUCAAGUGACCAGC